AUGGCUCCCAGAGGCGGAGGUUGGAUUCCCUCGACCAGAGACUCUCACAAGGGCCAGCGUAAUGGCAAUGGCAAUGGCUAUCCGUGGGAGACUUUCGCAGCUCCGCCAUUUUCCUGCCGUUCAAAGCUCUUCUGUUGUUCCGUGGCUGAGAGUAAUCCGGCUCAUCUCCCACGCAGUUUCGUCAAUCCCGGGCGUCAUCUCAUGAAUCUCCAGCUGCGAACCUUUCUCGAAUGUGCGGAUAACGCAGAACACACGUUCUCCAAAUGCGAAGUCUCUCACAUCGUCGAGGUCACCGCCCGAGCGCUCCACAACCCUGCCAUACCGACACGCCUCGCAGUCCAAGAACAAUGGAACAUUCCUUCAGCUAUUGCUUCUGGCUUUACUGUGGACACCAAUACGCCACCUCUGGAGGAAGAUGAACAAGACGGAAUGAUGGUGGAUCACGGCGAGCCGGAGAGCAGCGAACUUCCCUUCAGCACCUACCAAAGCAUGUCGACCCGGUACUUUGUCACGCAGAACAGCAGCAACGCAUGGCAGGCUCCGCCCCAUUCUCGACAAUACCGCGAAACACAUGCAGAAGCCACUCAAGGAAGACCUGGCAAUGAAAAAUAUAUGGAGAUACCACCGUUCAAGACGCUGCCGUACACUUCAGAGAGCAAUUCCGCAGGGGCUGGAGCUCGCACUUGGAUACCUUCAUGCAGCAUGUUGAUGUGGUGCAACCAGCACAACACCUUCUAUGAAGUACAUGUGCUCUCUUAA